GGGUGUCUAUAGUGGGAGGGUUAGAAGAAAAGGGUUAUUUUUUGUAAGUCAGGACUCAGGACAAAUGAUUAUAUAUUAGGUUCUUCUUCUUCUUUUUUCUUUCCCUUUUCUGUAUACUGGAUCCCCUCAACCUAGCUAGACAAAAGCCACGCUUAUACAUAAUACUAGAAAGGACGCCCAACGCCUACCAGUUAAACCCACCACUUAGCUAGAACUGAAAAGAAUGAAGAAAGCAGCAGCAGCAGAGGCUUCGAGCAAGAGCAACAAUGGCGGAACUGAAACGAAGGACAGAAAAAACCCAAUUUAGACCUGCUCUCGAUGACACUAAGCCAAUUCUCAAAGACCCAAUAUUGAGAUCGGACCCUAUUGAGACUGAGGAAGCUGUUCUUCGGUUGCCCCUUUUCCAAUCGACAAAUUGAAAAAAUCCCAAAAAUUUGCUUCCUAAAACUAAUUCAGAUGUAUUUGUAGUUGAUGCAACAGUUGGUGAUUUGAAUAGCAAAUCCUGUUGUUGAACUUCUUGCUGCUAAAUGAGGUACUUCACAUAUUUUCUUUAGUACUAUCAUGUGGAUCUGAAUUCACAUCAGUAUAUUUUAAUCCAAACAAAAAGGGCAAGUGUUUCACAGUUUUAGUAUUUGGUGAUCUCAUAUUGUAGCUGACCUUUCUGUUUUUCAUUUGCUUAUUUCUGGGUAGAAUUUUUGUGUUUCUUCAAAGUUUUGUAGGAGGGAAAGGAAUAACGGUGGGUUGGUAACCAUGAUCAAUCUUCAAAAGAUCAUCACGAGUGUCUUUCAAAUACCAGAUUGCAAUUUCAAAGUCACUAAAUUCACU